AUGCUCAAUCUUGCACAUCCGGGUCAGCCCUUGGAGAUAGAACAUCCGCACAGUUUCUCCAUGUUCAAGCGAGGAGUUAUGCUUGGUGACGUUUCGUAUAGCUACUCCUCGACCGAUAUGGGUUCUCCAGAGACAGGUCGCUAUAAAACAGUCACGGUGAUCAAAAACAUUGCUGUACCCAAACCAACCAGUACCAUGUUCAGUGAUCGAUCAGAACACUUUUACGAUUCGGUUGAAAAAGGGGCUUCCAGUGGUACGGGGCAGAAAAAGCGCACACAUGUCGAGUAUUGGCCACCAAAGGAAGAUAACCACGUGACGCACCACAAGCAGGCGAAACCGGAGCAAAAGGAGGACUAUCAUAAAAUCAGCAACACACACCGCCCCUAUGGUCAUCAUCAACAGAGCCAUCAUCGCAGCCGUACGGAAAUGCUGACAUCGCCGAAAGUAGCUCAUAAGCCACCGCCAACCAAAGAGCUACCGCAAGAAGAACCGCAACACCCGAUAGAUCUGCUUGAGCUGGCUAAAUCGGCAGUAAAGACACUCAACCAGAAAGCAAAGAUAGCACCGGGAGAAAACACCGGUCCGGUGACGUUCCCUGCGGACGCCAUGAUGAUGAAAAAGAAGAACGGAAUUGUAAGCGUUGCCAAAGAAUACACCAGCGUUCUGACGACAGAUCCCAAGGAUCAUCAGCUACCGAUCGUGAGCAAACUGCGGACCAAAGUAAACCCUCCACCGAAAACCGAGCCUGCGUACCACCAGAGCACAUACACGAGCGAGGAAAUUCCUCUGAAAGAGUUUGAACAGUCGGAGUACGUGUUCAAUCAUAAGACGGGCUCGUUCGAAUUUCGUGCAGCGUCGAAAGCUCCCAAAGCGGUCCAGGAAUACCUCCGAGGGGCUCGUCCAUAUCGCUACAAGGAACAACCGGUAACGCCAAUCGCAAGCGAACCCAGCGAUUACUCCUCCCAUUCGGACGGUAGCAACACGUACAACACUCCUUCUGAGUUGUUAUUUGCGGAACUGAGGAAUGCUGUUGCGACGAGGAACGUCACGAUGAUCAAAUCACUCGCAGGCCAGCUGGAGGAGACGUUUAACAUCGGCAAGCUCGAUUUUGAAUCGCUGAAAAUGGAAGACUUUGGCCGCCGCUCGUCGACGGAGGACCCGAUGAUGGAAACGACAACUGGUGGCAAGUCUCCCUUAGACUUUGGCUUCGGUAACUACGCCGAGACGACAACGAUUGACUACCAGGAGCCAUCCACCGAGGCAAUCGUGGCCAGUACUACCAUUAAGGCACCGAUAAUGAUGACAACGACCACGAAGAAGCCACUCCGCUACAUCGCACCGAAACUUCGCGGAUUUAAACGGUUUUCGGCCAAGCGACAAUGA